UUUAGGGGACGUUGAUGUAAUUUACUUUUACACUAUAAAUAUCGAAACAAAAAAUGGUUGAAACCAUUGUUUGGUUUUUCAAGAAACCCUAGAAAGACUCGCGGAUGAUCGAUAUCGCAGUCCUCAACAAAAUCGAAGAUUUGUACCAAGUCUCUGAAAAAUGUUAUGGAAGAGAGUUUCACAACAAAAACUUCUCGGCAGGAAGCAUCCUACUGGCAAACAGAAAAAAGUUUCAAAUACCAUGAAUUGGGCCUUGCUAAAGAAGCCAAAGAGAAAGGUUUUAAACAUUGCAAUGAAUCGAUUUAGGGUUAAAAAAAAGCGAAAGAUAAGAGAUGUUAACGGCGGGGGUGAAAGAACUGGCAAUUUUGAUCGGAUCUCAGAAUUGCCUGAGCCCAUUAUCCAUCACAUUCUCUCUUUCCUUCGUUGUCCCAAAGAUGUUGCUCGAACUAGUGUCUUGUCUAAGAAGUGGAGAAGAAUAUGGACUUCCUUCCUCACGUUUGAUUUUGAUCAAAAGUGUUUCAAAGCACAAAAAGCAGAGUUCAAACAAUUUAUCGAACACUCCUUAUCAACCCGAAUUGCGCAAUUGGUUUGUAUAAAGAAGUUCAGGCUGCACUUGACUUCUUUUGAUUCAAAAUGGACCCAUCAUAUAGACCGCUGGUUAUGUGCUGCUACUGCAAAAAAAGUUGAAGAGUUAGAAAUUUAUGUUGGGAUAAAGAAAAGGAGGUGUUACAGUUUGCCUCGGAUUGUACUGGCUGCAGAAACAUUAACUUCAUUGAAGUUAUAUGGGUGUAAGUUGGUUAAUUACAAUAAUAUAAACCUUCCUAAUCUGAAGCAGUUAUCUAUAAAGAAAGUGCGUAUAGAUAUGAAUAUUAUUCAGAGUUUUAUUCGUCGCUGCCCCUGGAUUGAGGAUUUGAGAUUGAUACUCUGCACUGGGUUGGACCGUCUUCAUGUUUCAACUCUUAUUAAACUUAAUAGGCUUGAGGUACACGAGUGCAAUGGGCUCAAGUGGGUUGAGAUUGAAGUAUCGAGUCUUCAAACUUUUUGGUGCUGCGGGAAGAGGACUACACCAUGCAAUAUUAACUUGGAUAGGUGUAAAAAUCUAAGAAGUUUGACAUUGAAGGAUGCCAAAAUGACAAGUGAGUUGUUUCAGGAUCAGAUUUCUAAGUUUCCGGUCCUUGAGAAGUUGGUCUUGAAGGAAUGUCAUACCCUAGAGAGAAUUAUAAUUUUUAGUGAAACACUCAAGAGACUAACCCUUAUACGAUGCAAAAAACUAUAUGCCAUUAUUGAUGCUCCAAAUUUACAAUCUUUUGAGUACACUGGUUAUCAAAUGCCUAUCUUUCCAAUGGGGCAACCGAAUCUGCAGGAAGCCAAGUUUUAUUUUGAAUCGAUGAUGGAAAAAGAUGAGAAGAAUAAACAUGCCUUUGAAGGUCAUAACAUUAACUUGUUAAAUAAGUUUCUGGAAUCUCUGGGGAAGUUUAAUCAAUCCGAAAGUUUGAAAUUGGUUGUACGCCAUGAUAAGGAUGUGAUUGUUUGUGAGGAAUUGAGAGAUAUCCAACUUCUUCCAUUCUAUGAUCUCAAGUUAGAAAUAAUUAAUUCAUCAACAAGUUUAAAAGAUCUUCUUGACAGUUUGUUACGGACAACUCGCCCAGAGAAUCUAUCUGUAGUAUCACCCUCCAACAGCGAAUUCCUAAAGUUCCUACCUGAGAAAAUGAUGAACAGAGAAGCGAAUCUACUCUGCUGUAGAUAUUACUGGAGGAAAUGCUGGUGGCAUUACCUAAAAGCUGUUAAAAUUGAAAAUGAAUGGACUUCAGUUAUGAAUCCUUUGAAAAAGCCAUCUUCAACUCUGCAUCAGACUACUACUUUUAAGUUGGAAUGGACAGAGGGAUGAACAUGCUAUGGAGGUUUAGGUACAUAAUUUGUGUUUUCUAAUGUCAUGCAUAGUUGGAAUUAAUUGAAUUCUUGGUGAUCAUCAUACUUUUUAUUGAAUUCCUCUCUUUUUAUUGGCUCCCAUUGUACAUUAUGUCAUAUAUGGAUCAAUAUGGUUCUUGUUAAGUUGUUGCAAUUCAAAUUUGUUGAAAAUUUAGGUUGUUAUGGAAUAUAUAUGAUGGUAUGACAUGAAUCUAGUUGAGAAGAAAGAAGUGCCAAAUUCUGUUUUUA